ACGUUUGUAACUGUUUGAAGGUUAUUCUUUCUUUCAUGAUGGGCCAUAUCUGGCCCUUCUUUUCAUGAAGAAACGGCGUUGAACUCCAUUUGCGUCACAUCUGUUACGAGUACCUUAUUUUAAAGGCAGAGUCGGCAGCAACUUUGUUGCAAUCAUAGUGUGUAAUCUCGUGUUUCUUUCCGACCCAGUGGUACUCAUGAACCUCAGAAGGAGGAAAACACGAGAUCUCAUCUACGGGGCACCAAUCGGUAAGCCAGUGAGUAAUCGUUGUCAUGUGACGCUGGUGUACGAACACGACGAUAAGCAUACGCAAGAGUUCACUCGAAUUGUGAACGGCUCUUCUGCGGAGUACCGAAUCGACGGCAAGGUAAUUGGUUACAACCAAGCCCUCGAAGCGAUUAACAUCUUUAUCCGGGCGAAAAACUUUCUCGUCUUUCAAGGUGCUAUGGAAAACAUCGUAAUGAAAACGCCUCGCGAAAGAACUUAUCUCUUUGAGGAAAUUUCUAAGUCUGGCGAAUUGAAGGAAAGCUACGAACUGGCGAAAACCGAGAUGCUGAAGGCUGAAGAAGACGCGCAGUUCAAUUACCACAAACGACGAGUGCAUAUUCGCGUAAAAGUUUGUUUCGGUGCUACUUAUUUUUUAAAGCGAGUCGAGAAACUGAACGAUUCGAUACAGCAGACACAGCUUCAAGUGCAAGAGCAGCAACAGCUUUACAGCAUUACCGAAGAGGAAGUGAAAAACGCAAAAUGUCAGCUCGAGAAACUGACUCUCGAGGUCGAGCAGAUUACAAAUCAGCUAAACGAGGCGAACGUGGACACCUCGGAGUCUUCAAGACUGCUAAAGAAACAGGAGCUGGUCGAGAAUCUGAAAAGAAUUUCCACCGGAACAAUCUACGGACGUCUUGUCGAUCUCUGUCAACCGGCACAUAAGCGGUAUUUGCUAGCCGUGACAAAAGUGAUAGGCAAGUAUAUGAACGCGAUCGUGGUGGACACGGAGAAGACGGCCCGCGAGUGCAUUCAGUACAUGAAGGAACAGCGAGUGGAACCCGAGACGUUUCUACCGUUGGACUACAUCGACGUUAAGCCAAUCAGUGAAAAAUUGAGGCAAUUGAAGGAACCUCGAAACGUUAAGCUGGUCGUCGAUGUACUGCAGUACGAUCCGCCACCAAUCAAGCGUGCCUUGCAGUUUGUCUGCGGCAACGCACUGGUCUGCGAAACUACGGAGGAAGCUCGACGCCUGGCCUUUAGUAAUACACCCAGAUACAAGGUAGGGUCGUUUAAUCUCAUAAAGAUGGAGUAUGCCCCAACUGAAGGCGAUAGUCUCGCAUGUCAUUACUUUACUGUAAUGUAA